AAGGCAGCCGCAGCCCCAGCUGUGACGAGGCAGCACAGCUUUGCCAGCUCCCGCCCUGCGCUCACCGAGCAGGGAACGGAGCAGAGGCGGGGCGGGAGUCUCGGCGCUCGAGCCAGGCACCUCCCCGAAUGCGAGACUCCAGGAGAGCUGCAAGACAGAAUGGAAGCCCAAAGAGCAUCAAAGAUGCAGGCACUGUGAGAGGGACAGGGGAGGCCUUGGAGAGCAGGACCCCCUCCCGGACUGAAAUGCUUUUGGACAAGGUGCCCUCGUUCUCCUCUUCUUUUGCUCAGAGGAAAAGAGCCAGCGAGGACCCUCCUGAGUGUUCCUGAGUGGCCUUUCUGUCGUCGUUAGUCCUCUCCCAGGGCACAGGGCUGUCAGCUGACCUUUGCAGAGGCAUCUCAGCCUAGCAGAGGAUAUAGUUCUUAAUAAAACAAACCAAACCAAACAAGUUCUGCAGUCUGCAUGGUGGUGUAGCUUGCUUGCUGCGGUUCUCUGUCCGUGACAUUUUGGAAUGUCUGCAGAAACUUAAGAAAGAACACCUUAAAAUCGCCCUGGAUUAGGUCAAAGAAAAAGAAGUUUUCUACCAGAAAGGAGGACAGGAGGGUGGGUAAUUUAUCCAUAAGCCAGGAACUGGCUGAUCAAUAUCUUGGAGUUGUAGGAAUCAGCACUUCAAAGAAAACACAUAAACCAAAAUGAGAAGAGCCUGUAGGGUUCCACCCAGAGGCAGGGUGUAAACAGCCUACCUGCACCCUUCAGAACUCAGGGCCUGAAUGAUGCCUGAAGAACGGAACUCUGGGGGACGCCCCUCAGGUGCCCCAGCUCCAACUGCCUUCAUCCCCAAAACCACGUACAGAAGAAUCAAACGCUGCUUUAGCUUUCGCAAAGGUAUUUUUGGGCAGAAACUGGAAGACACUGUGCGCUAUGAGAAGAGGUACGGGAACCGCCUGGCCCCGAUGCUGGUGGAGCAGUGCGUGGACUUCAUCCGACAGCGGGGGCUGAAGGAGGAGGGUCUCUUCCGGUUGCCAGGCCAGGCCAACCUGGUCAAGGAGCUGCAGGAUGCCUUCGACUGUGGGGAGAAGCCGUCGUUCGACAGCAACACCGAUGUGCACACGGUGGCAUCGCUCCUUAAGCUGUAUCUCCGAGAACUCCCGGAGCCAGUAAUUCCUUACGCCAAGUAUGAAGACUUUUUGGCAUGCGCCAAACAGCUCAGCAAGGAAGAAGACGCAGGUGUUAAGGAACUAGCAAAGCAGGUGAAGAGUUUGCCAGUGGUUAAUUACAAUCUCCUCAAAUACAUCUGCAGGUUCUUGGAUGAAGUGCAGUCCUAUUCAGGCGUUAACAAGAUGAGUGUGCAGAAUUUGGCAACUGUGUUUGGUCCAAAUAUCCUGCGUCCCAAGGUGGAAGAUCCCUUAACCAUCAUGGAAGGCACUGUGGUGGUCCAGCAGCUGAUGUCCUUCAUGAUUAGCAAACAUGAUUGCCUCUUCCCCAAGGACACAGAAUUGCAAAGCAAGCCUCAGGAUGGAGUAAGCAACAACAACAAUGACAUUCAGAAGAAACCUACCACGGGUCAGUUACAGAACAAGGAAAACAAUAACACCAAGGACAGCCCCGGAAGGCAGUGCUCUUGGGACAAAUCUGAGUCUCCCCAGAGAAGCAGCACAGACAAUGGAUCCCCCACAGCUCUGCCAGGUAGCAAAACCAAUAGCCCAAGGAAUAGCGUGCACAAGCUGGACGUGUCUAGGAGCCCCCCUCUCAUGGUCAAAAAGAACCCUGCCUUCAGUAAGGGUAGUGGGAUAGUCACCAAUGGGUCCUUCAGCAGCAGUAAUGCAGAAAGUCUGGAGAAAACUCAAACCACCCCCAAUGGCAGCUUACAAGCCAGGAGGACCUCUUCACUGAAGGGGUCCGGUACCAAAAUGGGCACCCACAGUGUACAGAAUGGAACGGUACGCAUGGGCAUCCUGAACCCCGACAUGCUCGGGAACCCUAUGAAUGGUCGCACCAUGAGCUGGCUGCCCAAUGGCUAUGUGACCUUGAGGGACAACAAGCAGAAGGAGCAAGCUGGAGAGUCAGCCCAGCACAACAGGCUUUCUACCUACGACAAUGUCCACCAGCAGUUCUCCAUGAUGAACCUUGAUGACAAACAGAGUGUGGACAGUGCCACCUGGUCCACUUCCUCCUGUGAAAUCUCCCUCCCCGAGAACUCCAACUCCUGCCGCUCCUCCACGACCACUUGCCCAGAACAAGACUUUUAUGGGGGGAACUUUGAGGAUCCUGUUCUGGAUGGGCCACCCCAGGAUGACAUUUCUCACCCAGGGGACUAUGAAAGCAAAAGUGACCAUAGGAGUGUGGGAGGUCGAAGUAGUCGUGCCACCAGCAGCAGUGACAACAGCGAGACGUUCGUUGGUAACACCACCAGCUCCCACAGUGCACUGCACAGUCUAGUUUCCAGCCUGAAACAAGAAAUGACCAAACAGAAGCUAGAAUACGAGACCAGGAUAAAGAGCUUAGAACAGCGAAACUUGACUUUGGAAACAGAAAUGAUGAGCCUCCAUGAUGAACUGGAUCAAGAAAGAAAAAAGUUCACCAUGAUAGAAAUCAAAAUGCGGAAUGCCGAGCGCGCCAAGGAAGAUGCUGAGAAAAGAAAUGACAUGCUGCAGAAGGAGAUGGAGCAGUUCUUUUCCACGUUUGGAGAACUGACAGUGGAACCCAGGAGGCCGGAGAGAGGAAACACGAUAUGGAUCCAGUGAGCCUGCUGUCACCCAAAGAACUCGACAUUUCAAUGCGGCUCUGGGGAGAGCUGCGGGGACUCUGGUGGGCAGUGAUACGGGAGUGGGUAGCUGGUCACCUGGCUGUGCAGGGCCCUGCUGGUGAGAGAUGUCAUUUACAGUCAUUAACUAUCCAUGUCUGCAAUGUGUACCAAAGUUAUAUCAUGCCGCCUCAUGCUACUGUAGAGUGUUACAACUGGAUAUGUGUAUAUAGAGUAGUUUUUAAAAAGUAAACUAAAAGUAAGAAACUUAUCUCAAGAAUUAUUUUAUUGCAAGUCUUGUAUUUAAAUGUUAAAUCAAUAUGUUGUUGCAAUUCCAGCUUGCUCUCAAGCUUCGCCCCUUGCACUUAACAUAAGCUAUUUUUGGCAUUGUGUUAGCAUCCUCUUAUUUUAUAGAUCACUAUUUUUAUUUCCCCUUUUGCUGAGGAAAUGAAGAUAAAAAGAAAUAUAAAUAUAUAUAUAAAUAUAUAUAAGAUGAAUUGCUAAAAAUCUAAAGAUUCUUUUGUGGCUGUGCUUUUUGUGCCAACAGACCUUGCCAUGACCAAAAAGAGAAAUGUAAAUAGUUUUAUAAAAUCCAGGAGAAUCACAAAGUACCUUUGGAUUGCUCUUUGACUUCUUCCCUUGGCACCACUGCUCAUUUUGUUUUGGGAGAUGAGAUGAUUUGGACAGAAAUCGAGAGGUUUUGUGAGGAAGUCCCCUUCUCUAGGCCCCUGUCCACCUUGCCAACUUAACACAUAUGAGUCUUCUAUGCAAGAUGCACCUUAUGGGAAUAUGUUCAAGGAUGGCAUGUAACCGGGCAGACCUUGGGUUCCUGUGUCCUUCCCAAAUGAAUUCCGGUAACUGCUGGGUGGUUACUGGAGGAAACCUUGCUUCUGUUUGGGACUGGGGAGACCCAUGAGCACCUGCGCUCUCACUCAGCCCUCCCCACCCCUCCCCAACAAUUGCACUUUGAAAUGCCAGCAGUGAAUGGCAUGUCCCUUUUAAUGAGACCACUGAAUUAGGUGUUGUGUGGUGACACCUUUCUCCUACUCAGGCUGUUGGCACCCAAGUUUCUCUCUGAAUCACGGCUGGCAAAGGCAGUCUGUAGCAAGAUGCUGAGAGAAGGGACCAGGAAGAAGUUUGGAACAGACAACUCUUCUGCUUCUAAUUUUGUCAAUGUCAUCUUUCCCCUUUUGAAAACACAUUCAUUCAUGUUAAUUUUAAAACAUGAAUGCUUACAUGUCCCAUUUUGGCAAGUAUGUGAUCUUCAGUAAUGUUACCUUUCAAGAAAAAUCCAGGGUUCUCUGGAGCUAAUAUGCUAGGGGAGUGGUGCUUGAUACUUCAAAAAGGCAGUGAUUAUGAGAAGCCAGGUGCACAAAUCUCAUGCGAGAAAAUAAGUAUCAAAUGGAAAAUGGAAAAUAAAGACUGAGUUUAUGAAAUUUGCAUUCUUGGA